AUGGGCGCGGCGCGACCGCCGCCGCCCACCCCGCAACCCGUCUCCGUCGUCCGCAACCAAGCGGCGCCGGCCAGGUCUGCCGGGAACCAGGUGCAGAUGGGCGCGGCGCGACCGCCGCCGCCCUCCCCACAAGCCGUCUUCGCCAUCCGCAACCAAGGUCCGGUGCCGCCCAGGUCUAUCGCCAUGGGGUUGAUGAACAGCCAGCAGCAGCGGCCACCGCGGAUGAUCAUGCACCGGCAGCCGACACCGUCAGCGCCGGUCGUCGUCACGCGAUCGUUGCAGCCCGUGAGAGCGAGCGCGCCAUCUAGUGUGAACGGGAGCGCGAACAAGGCCGCGGUGAUCGAUCUCACGGACGACGACAAGAUGGCGAAGACGAAGGUAGUCGCGCCUCACGCUUACCAGACGGUCGUGAUGACGGCGCCCCCUAGGUACACGAAUGCGGGCGUGGCAGCCGGCACGCCGACGAUUCAGCUGGGAGCACGCCAGGUGGCGCCGCCGAUCCAGUAUGUGCGCGUCCCGCAGCCGCAGAAUUCCAACGUCGUGCUGAUGCCGACGCAUCAGCCCGGCACUGGCAACGCGGGCGCGCUGCUUAGCAACAUGCCUCCGAUACCGGCUGGCAGCAAGGCGUUCCUGCUCUCGUCGACGGGACAGAUGAUCCCGACGUCCAGCGUCGUGAUAACGCAGCAGCAACAACAGCAGCAGCAACAGCAGCAGCAGCAGCAGCAGCGGCAGGCGACGUCGAGCAACCAGGUCUACACGGUGUGUCAAGCGGCUCCUACGGCGCAGACGACGACCGUGCAGAUGGUGCCUCGGCCGGCCACGGCUGCCACGCAGCAGUCGGCGACGCCGCGGGCCACGCCGCAGCAGCUACAGAACGCCGCCAUUCAAUUCAACACCUGCGCCGUACCGCGCGCCGGCCUCAUGCCGCACGCAUCCAGUCGCAGCGAACGAAUGUCGGCAAAUGGUUCGCCGCGCGCCCUGGCUUGA